AUGAAGGAGACUGCGGAGGCUUACCUCAACACUUCAGUGAAGAAUGCCGUUAUUACAGUACCCGCUUACUUCAAUGAUUCACAGCGACAGGCCACUAAGGAUGCCGGUCAAAUUGCUGGGCUCAACGUACUGCGUGUAAUCAAUGAACCAACGGCCGCCGCUCUCGCUUACGGACUGGACAAAUCUGAUGAUAAAAUUAUCGCAGUUUACGAUCUGGGAGGUGGCACAUUCGAUAUCUCCGUCCUCGAGAUACAGAAGGGUGUGUUCGAGGUGAAAUCCACUAACGGGGACACAUUGCUUGGUGGAGAGGACUUCGAUAAUGUCAUUGUGAACUUCCUCGUGGACGAGUUUAAACGUGAUCAAGGCAUCGAUAUCCGCAAAGAUGCGAUGGCAAUGCAGAGGCUCAAGGAGGCGGCUGAGAAGGCAAAGAUCGAGCUAUCUGGUUCCCUUCAAACUGACAUCAAUCUACCCUACCUGACUAUGGAUGCUUCAGGACCUAAGCACAUGAACCUUAAGAUGACAAGAUCAAAGCUGGAGUCUCUGGUUGGUGACCUGAUCAAGCGUACAGUUGGCCCCUGUCAGCGAGCUCUCCAAGACGCCGAAGUUCAGAGGUCUGACAUUGGCGAGGUGCUGCUCGUUGGUGGAAUGACCAGAAUGCCCAAGGUGCAACAAACAGUCCAAGAGAUCUUCGGUCGUGCGCCUUCGAAAGCUGUGAACCCCGACGAAGCCGUGGCGGUGGGAGCUGCAAUCCAGGGAGGAGUACUGGCGGGAGACGUCACCGACAUUCUCUUGCUGGACGUAACUCCGCUGUCGCUCGGAAUCGAAACCCUUGGUGGAGUCUUCACCAAGCUUAUCACCAGAAACACCACCAUACCGACCAAGAAGAGUCAAGUGUUCUCGACCGCCGCUGAUGGACAAACACAAGUCGAGAUCAAAGUGCACCAGGGUGAGCGUGAAAUGGCAGCGGACAACAAACUACUCGGACAGUUCUCUUUGGUUGGGAUCCCACCAGCUCCCCGAGGAGUACCACAGAUUGAAGUGACUUUCGACAUUGACGCCAACGGCAUCGUACACGUGUCUGCACGCGACAAGGGAACUGGGAAAGAACAACAGAUUGUUAUCCAGUCAUCAGGCGGUCUAUCCAAGGACGAGAUCGAGAACAUGGUGAAGGCAGCCGAGCAGUUUGCAGCGGCAGACAAGCAGAGAAGAGAACGAGUGGAGGUUGCCAACCAGGCUGAAGGCGUGCUGCACGAUACUGAGACAAAGAUGGACGAGUACAAAGCACAAUUACCACAAGAUGAGUGCGACAAACUACGCGAAGAAAUUGCCAAACUACGUGAUCUGCUUGCCAAGAAGGACUCUGUUGACCCCGAGGAACUGCGCACUGCCACCGGACAACUUCAGCAAGCGAGCUUGAAGCUAUUCGAGCAGGCGUAUAAGAAGAUGGCAGCUGAACGUGAAGGUCAACAACAGCAGCAAACUGAGCAGCCGCAAGAAGAAAAGAAAGAAGAGAAAAAGAACUAA